AUGGCACGACAACGCCGCCCCCAUCGCCUCGACGACCGCGUCGACCCCCCUCCCCCGCGCCCCGUCGCUUGUGCUGCCCUUCGCCGGACCUCGACCGCCUCCUCGUCGGACCUCGCGUCUUCGCCCUCUUCCCCACCGGCCGCCAGCAAGCCUCGGCGUCCCCUCUUCCCAUCAACGCCGGUGAGGCCCCCCGGGCCUCUCCUCCUCUCUCUGCCCUCGCACACGACCGCGGCCAUCACGCCCCGGGACGCGUCCAAGCUCGUCGCCCGCGUCGUCCCGCUGCCCUCGCGCUCUGGCCUUGCCCUGCUCGCCGCUGCUCCGCCCGGUCACCGCGACCCCGUCCCGCCCGGCAUGUCACCUCGCGCGCUCGCGCCCGUGCUGUGGCCGGCUACCGCGUGCUGCUGCUCCUGCGGCUGCGCCGCCCCCGCUUCUCGCGUCCACCACCGUGCCACCGCCCCCGCCUCACCCGCCUGCUCCCCUCGCUGUGCUGGCCUCGCCCACGCCGGCCUGGCGACCUGCCAGUGCUGCCCUUCGCCGGACCUCGACCGCCUCCUCGCCGGACCUCGCGUCUUCGCCCUCUUCCCCGCCGGCCGCCAGCAAGCCUCGGCGCCCCCUCUCCCCAUCAACGCCGGUGAGGCCCCCCGGCCUCUCCUCCUCUCUCUGGUCUCGUGCACGACCGCGGCCAUCACGCCCCGGGCCGCGUCCAAGCUCGUCGCCCGCGUCGUCCCGCUGCCCUCGCGCUCUGGCCUUGCCCUCCUCGCCGCUGCUCCGCCCGGUGACCGCAACCCCGUCUCGCCCGGCGUGUCACCUCGCGCGCUCGCGCCCGUGCUGUGGCCGGCUACCGCGUGCUGCUGCUCCUGCGGCUGCGCCGCCCCCGCUUCUCGCGUCCACCACCGUGCCACCGCCCCCGCCUCACCCGCCUGCUCCCCUCGCCGUGCUGGCCUCGCCCACGCCGGCCUGGCGACCUGCCAGGUAGCUAAUUAA